AUGUCCGACAAACAGUCCAGACAGUCGUCUGGCGGCAAGUCCUUCUUCUCGCGCGUCAAGCACAAGUCCGACCGCCGCAACACAAACGGCGACGAAGGCAGGUUCCUCGGCCCCCUCGACUUUGACGCCGCCGGCCAGACCGGCUCCCGCACCUCGCGCCACUCCCACAACCGCGACUCUGUCAUCUCCCUCGACCGCCCCACCUCCCCCGAAGCCGGCAUCAAUAUGAUGGCCGGUGUCAUGACCUCCAUCCCCUACGAAAACGUCACCGCCGACCGGCGCUCCCCCAUCGCCGUCGACUACCUCCCCAAGAACGGCGCGCCCCCGGGCAGCAGCUACGGCCAGCCCCCCAGCACAGGCCGCGAACCACUGCCGCACCAGCUCAACAAAGCCACGAGCGACUUCCACCAGUACCCAUCCUUUGACCCGUCCUCCACGACGGCCGCUGCCGCCAUGGCCGCCUCCAUGUACGGCGCCGCACCCGCCGCCGGCAGCGCGGCUCACCUGUCGAGCAGCCAGCUGUCGGGGCCGCGGCCGCCGCCAGGGCAAGGCGGCAACGUCACCAUGGCCUCGACCGGCCGCCAGACCCAGCUGCAGCAAUGGGGGCCGCCGCGAGAGAGCGCCGCCUUUCAGAGCGGCUCGCACAACUCGCGAUACAACUCGUACCAGACAACAUCCGGGGGCCGCAGCUCGACCGACCACGCCAGCAUCUUUUCCGCGCUGCCGAGCGCCUCCUCACAAAGCUCCUAUGCGUCCCACCGCGAGUCCAAUCGCCUGAGCAAGUUUCCCUCGGGCCCGGGGGGUGCCACCGGGUCUGCCGGGAUGCCGUCGCACGAUGGCUUUAAUUUGUCGAAACCCGAAGACGACGUGGUCAUUGAGCAAAUGUUCCUCGCCCUCAUGCAGAAGCGCGGCUGGCUCAACCUGCCCGAGCAGGCCCGCCGCCAGAUGAUCGCCUACCCGCCCCUCAAGAAGUGGACGCUGAUCUAUCAGGACCGUCUGAGUGAGUGGCAGGGCGAGCAGCGCCGCCGCCAGACCGCCCGCCCCGGCCAGUACCAGAACGUCGACGUCACCACCUACUCGGACGAGGAGGGCUCGCCGGAGUGGUACGUCCGCAAGAUCAUGGAGAACAGCCUCGAUGCCAAAAACUUGGCCAGCCUCGAGGUCAACCUGCGCACCCAGCAGAUCGGCUGGGUCAAGCGCUUCAUCGAGUGCCAGGGCCAGGUCGCCCUCACCAAUGUCCUGCUGAAGCUCAACCGCAAGAGCGCCCGCGGGCCCGCCGCGCCCGCGGACGUGCCGCGCGGCGAAAAGGAGCUUGACCGCGAGUACGACUUGGUCAAGUGCCUCAAGGCCCUCAUGAACAACAUGUUUGGCGCCGACGACGCCCUCGCCCACCAGCAGGUCCUCGUGGCCCUGACCAUGUCGCUCAUCUCGCCGCGCCUGUCCACGCGGAAACUGGUCAGCGAGGUCCUGACCUUUCUGUGCCACUGGGACAACGGCAACGGCCACGUCAAGGUCAUCCAGGCCAUGGACAACGUCAAGAGCGCCCACGGCGAGACGGGCCGCUUCGACGCCUGGAUGCGCAUCAUCGAGGUCACCGUCGACGGCCGCGGCAAGAUGGGCAGCAUGGUCGGUGCGAGCGAAGAGGUCCGCAGCGGCGGCAUCGGCAUGGAGAACCUGCUGAUGGAGUACUCCGUCGCCACGCUCAUGCUCAUCAACAUGCUGGUCGACGCCCCCGAGCGCGACCUGCAGCUGCGCCUGCACAUCCGCGCCCAGUUCAUUGCCUGCGGCAUCAAGCGCGUCCUCACCAAGAUGGAGGCCUUCCAGUACGACCUCAUCGACAAGCAGGUCGAGCGCUUCCGCAGCAACGAGGCCAUUGACUACGAGGACAUGCUGGAGCGCGAGAACAGCAGCAUCAAGGACAACGUCGAGGGCGACCUCAAGGACCUCAACGACCCCGUCCAGAUUGUCGACGCCAUCCAGAACCGCCUCAAGGGCUCGCGCACCCAGGACUACUUUGUCUCUGCUCUGCAGCACCUGCUGCUCAUGCGCGACAGCGACGGCGAGGAGCGCCUGCGCAUGUUCCAGCUCGUCGACGCCAUGCUGAGCUACGUCGCCAUGGACCGCCGCCUGCCGGACAUGGACCUGAAGCAGAGCCUCAACUUUAGCGUCCAGAGUCUGCUGGACAAGCUGCACACGGACUCCGAGGCCCGCCAGGCGCUCGACGAAGCGCUGGAAGCGCGCCAGAUUGCCGAGGCGGCCAUGGCCGAGCGCGACGAGAUGCGCGGCCGGCUCGAGCUGGGCGCCGACGGCCUGGUCGCCAAGAUGCAGCGCCAGCUGGACGAGCAGACCCGGUUCAUCGACGCCCAGCGCCGCCAGGCCGAGGCCCUCAAGGCCGAAAUCGACAGCGUCCAGACCCUCCGCGCCAAGGAGGCCCAGCGCAACGAGCUCGAGACCCGCGAGCUCUACCUCAUGCUGCGCGACGCCCAGGACGUCGCUGCCUCCAACGCUGCCCAGUCCAAAGCCGGCGCCGCCGCCGUCCUCGCUACGGGCGGCACCGUCAGCAAGAGCCAACUGGCCGACGACGACCCGGUCCACAUGCAGGGCAUCCUCGACCGCGAGAAGCUCAUGGACCGCCUGCGGAUGCAGAUCGAGCGCCAAAAGACCCAGUUCAAGCUGGAAGGCCGCGUCUGGGGCGACGCCGUCGGGCCGUCCGAUCGCCUGCGCGCCCUCCGCGAAGAGAUGGAGGGCUACGGCGGCGACGAGGGUAUUCCUGGCAGCCUGUUGGGUGUCGACGGCGGCGGUUCGGCCGCCAUGUCAACCAACAGCGUGCUCGGCAGCGUCAACCGGCAGACCAGGAUUGGCCGCAAGCCCAUUGGCGGCGGCGGCGGCGGCGGCGGUGUUCCUCCCAACGCGGGCGGUUCGCACUUUGACGAAGACGACGAAGGUACCGGGGAAGAUGGCGAGGUGAUCUACGAAAAGCCGCGCAUUGUCGAGAUGCGCCGCCCUGUCAUGGACUCGAAGCAGCAGACCGGCCUCUUGAACGAGAUUGUCGGCAAAGUCAAGCGGUACGACGGCAGCGACUCAGAGGACGGCGACGGCGUUACGACAGGGCCGUCGCAUCCCAGCCUCGAGUCCCAGUCGCCCAUCACGCCACAUGACGGCGAUGCGCCCAAGAUCCAGAUCACUGGCGCGUCGCCCAACAACCGUGCAGGCGGACCACCACCGCCGCCGCCGCCACCACCGCCUCCCGGUGGCAUGCUCCCCGGUGCUCCACCACCCCCACCACCCCCUCCACCUCCCCCUGGCGGUGCGCUCCCGGGCGCUCCGCCCCCACCGCCACCGCCCCCGCCGCCUCCUCCACCGGGCGGGAUUCGCCUUCCGGGCGCGCCACCACCAGCGGACGGCGCAACCGCACCACCUCCUCCACCACCGCCUCCUGCUGGCGGGAUUGGUGGCAUGCCUCCGCCGCCACCGGUGGCACCCCCCAUGCCUGCACCAGGCUCCAUGUCGGGUCACUUCUUGUCGAAGCAGCCCACGUUUGAGCCCGUGCAGCCAACGGUUGGCCUGCCCGUGGUGCGGCCCAAGAAGAAGCUCAAGGCGUUCCACUGGGAGAAGGUGGACGAGACGGUGACGACGCACUGGGCGGCGCACGCGCCGUCGGCGGAGGAGCGCGAGGAGAAGUACAUGGAGCUGAGCCGCAAGGGCAUCCUGGACGAGGUGGAGAAGCUGUUCAUGGCCAAGGAGAUCAAGCUGCUGGGGCAGGGUACGAAUAAGAAGGACGACAAGAAGCAGAUUAUUUCCACCGACCUGCGCAAGGCGUUUGAGAUUGCGUUUGCCAAGUUUUCGCAGCAGUCGGUCGACAAGGUGGUGCAGAUGAUUAUCCACUGCGACCGCGAGGUGCUGGACAACCAGGUGGUGAUGGACUUUUUGCAAAAGGACGACCUCUGCAACAUCCCCGACAACGUGGCCAAGCAGCUAGCACCGUACAGCAAAGACUGGACGGGGCCCAAGGUGUCGGAGGACACGCGCGAGAUGGACCCGGCGGAGCUGACACGGCAGGACCAGAUCUAUCUGCUGACAGCGUACGAGCUGCACCACUACUGGAAGACGCGGAUGCGGGCGCUGGCGCUGACGCGCAGCUUCGAGCCCGAGUACGACGAGAUCAUGGAGAGCAUCCGGCAGGUGAUGGAGGUGUCGGAGUCGAUCCGCGACUCGGUGUCGCUGAUGAACGUGCUGGGGCUGAUCCUGGACAUUGGCAACUACAUGAACGACGCCAACAAGCAGGCGCGCGGCUUCAAGCUCAGCUCGCUGGCGCGGCUGGGCAUGGUCAAGGACGACAAGAACGAGUCGACGCUGGCGGAUCUGGUGGAGCGCAUCGUGCGGCAGCAGUACCCGGAGUGGGAGUCGUUUGCGGCGGAUAUCUCGGGCGUCGUCACGGCGCAGAAGAUCAACAUUGAGCAGCUGCAGGCGGACGCGAAAAAGUACGUCCUCAACAUCAACAGCGUGCAGCGCGCGUUUGACAGCGGCAACCUGUCGGACCCCAAGAAGUUCCACCCGCAGGACCGCGUCACGCAGGUGGUGCUGCCGAUCAUGAAGGAGGCGCGCCGCAAGGCGGAGCAGAUGGAGCUGUACCUGGAGGAGAUGAUCCGUACGUACGACGACAUCAUGGCGUUCUACGGCGAGGACAGCCGCGACGAGAACGCGCGCCGCGACUUCUUUGCGAAGCUGGCGGCAUUUAUUGGCGAAUGGCGCCGCUCGCGCGAAAAGAACAUCCAGUACGAGGAGACGCGCCGGCGCAACGAGGCCAGCAUGAAGCGCAAGCACGCGGCACAGCUCAAGCUCGGCGGCGGCGGCGGCGGCGGCAUCGGUGGCGGCGGCGAGGGCGGCGCGCUGCCCAGCCCGUCCAGUGCGGGCGCCAUGGACAGUCUGCUGGAGAAGCUGCGCGCCGCGGCACCGCAGACGCGCGACCAGCGCGACCGUCGGCGGCGCGCCCGCCUCAAGGACCGCCACCAGGUGCGCAUCGCGUCGGGCCAAAAGAUCCCCGACCUCAACGAGAUCCCCGAAGCCGAGGCCAGCUUGCAGAGCGGGCGCGGCGGUCUCGAGUCGCCCACGUCGGGCGGCGAGGGCCCGCCGAGUGUCGGCAGCAUGCUGAGCCCUGUCCUGGGCUCGCCCCGGCCCGAUGGCAGCAGCGGCGACGGUGGUGGCGGCGACGAGGACGACGUGGCCGCGCGUGCGGCGCUCUUGCUGCAGGGCAUGCGGGGCGACGACGACGACGACCUCGACGAGGAGAAGCGCGAGAGUCUCCGCAAAGCGCGGCGACAGACGGCCGAGGCCGAGCGGCAGUCCCGGCGCAGGCGGCGCGACAAGGCCCAGAGCGGCAGCGGCGGCAUUGCCGCAGACAGCGCGCCGUCUGGCGAGGCGGCAGCCGAGGGCACGCCAGCCGUGCCGGAGGCCGUGCCGGAAGAAGGCACCGCCUCCGAAGCGACGGAAGAGCAGCAGUAG